AUGACCUCCGACAAGCGCUGGAGCGAGGAUGAGGAGGAGGAGCUGACGGGCGUGUGGCGCUGGGCGUCGCACCUGCCGCUUGGCGCACUCACAGCGUGCUGCCUCUUUGUGCCGGGCAUCGUUCUGUGGGCCAUUUUCUCAGUGCGCACCAAGGAUGACACCGUCCAAUUCUUUAAUUCAGUGGCGCCAGUGUCGUCGUCGACGCUCGACGCCGCGACUAACGCGGUGAUGACGACGCUCAUCACGCUGGUCGCGGGCUGCUCGCUGAUUUUUGCGGGCGCGUUCAUCCUGGCGUGCGCACGCAGCGCGCAGACGAGCGGAGUGAAGACCAAAUCCUGCUGCCCCUGCUCGCACCCGACGCCGGGCAGUUUCUACCUGUACAGCACGUUCAACCUGGGCUUCAACACCAUCGUGUUUCUGGUCAACCUUGCGAUAGUGUUCCUGCUGAUGGGGGCGUUCCUGUGGCUUGCGGUCGCCUACGCCGCCAACCAGGCCAUCAGAUACGGCGUCAGGGACGCGGCUAGCCUCAACACAUCCCCGCUGGCGCAGCUGGCCACGGCCAGGAGCAACCUCACGACAGCCGUGACCGUGUACGAGGGCCAGAUGCAGCGCGCCCCAAAGUGCGUCAGCAACUCGACGUGGCUGCGGGCCCUCAACGGCAGCGUCACCAGCAUGCUGCGGCCCAACGGCACGGCGCUGCACAGCACGGUGCUGUGCCCCUACAGCUGCCUCAACCUGGGGUCGUUUGCGACGCUCUUCAAGCUGCCGUACAACUGCAUAUGCGACCAGGAGAAGCUGCAGACCAUGGAGAGGACCAGCGCGGCCAUCUCAACGCCCAGUUUGUGA